AUGAACACCAUCGUCUUCAACAAGCUCAGCGGCGCCGUGCUUUUUGAGGACGGAGGCGCUCCGGAGCGGGAGCGGGGCGGCCGGCCCUACGGCGGCGUCCUGGACAGUCCCCACGCCCGCCCCGAAGUGGGCAUUCCGGACGGCCCGCCCCUCAAGGACAACCUGAGCCUGAGACACCGGAGGACCGGGGCCCGGCAGAAUGGCGGAAAGGUGAGGCACAAGAGGCAGGCCCUGCAAGACAUGGCGCGGCCCCUCAAGCAGUGGCUUUACAAGCACCGUGACAACCCGUACCCCACCAAGACCGAGAAGAUACUCUUGGCCCUCGGCUCGCAGAUGACGCUAGUGCAGGUGUCAAAUUGGUUUGCUAACGCAAGACGUCGGCUUAAGAACACUGUUCGACAGCCAGAUUUAAGCUGGGCUUUAAGAAUAAAACUAUACAACAAGUAUGUGCAAGGAAAUGCUGAGCGCCUUAGUGUAAGCAGUGACGAUUCGUGUUCCGAAGAUGGAGAAAAUCCUCCAAGAAACCACAUGAAUGAAGGGGGCUAUAAUACUCCAGUUCAUCCUGUGAUUAAAAGUGAGAGCUCGGUAAUAAAAGCUGGAGUGAGGCCAGAGUCACGGGCCAGUGAGGACUACGUGUCACCCCCAAAAUACAAGAGCAGCUUGUUGAACCGUUACCUUAACGACUCUUUGAGACAUGUCAUGGCCACAAACACUGCCAUGAUGGGAAAAACAAGGCAAAGAAACCAUUCGGGAUCUUUUAGCUCCAACGAAUUUGAGGAAGAAUUGGUGUCUCCAUCGUCAUCAGAAACCGAAGGCAACUUUGUCUAUCGCACAGACACUCUGGAAAAUGGAUCCAGUAAGGGUGACAGUGCAGCUAAAAGAAAGGGACCCAGCAAGGAGGACACAUACUGGAAGGAGAUCAAUGCAGCGAUGGCCUUAACAAAUCUUGCACAGGGAAAAGACAAACUGCAGGGGACUACUAGCUGCAUCAUCCAGAAGUCGUCCCAUAUAGCAGAAGUAAAGACAGUCAAAGUGCCCCUGGUGCAGCAGUUUUAA